AUUUUAGGCAUGUGCUUGGUCGGCGAUUUCAUUUACUUGUUGUAACUCUGCGUGUUAAGAAGUUCUAGUGUCGUGGUCCCGUCUUAAAAAUUGUUAGGUAUUAAUUUUUUUGUUUAACUAAAUCCCAACCGCUGCCAUGAAACUGGAGAUGCUAGAUCAUAUUGACAGCUCGGACGACGAGGGCGAAGAGGAGAUGCAGUCUGAUCAUAACGAAUCCGAUGUAGGCGAAGAAGAUGAGGAAGUGGAGGAGGAUGAGGAGGAGGAGGAGGAGCAGUCGGAUGGAGUCUUGGCGGAGUCCGAUAAUAUGAAAGCUACCCGACAUCCCUAUCCUACUCCACCACCCGAUGAUGGUUCAAAAAUGGCGUCACCCGAUUCCGGCAAAAAUAAGUUGGUUAAAAAGAGUGCCGCCAAGAGCUCGCUCCAAUCCCUAGCACUCAUGGCCAUCGGAAAGCUGUCGAGUCGUUCUGGAUCAUCGGUUCAGGCCAUCAUGGCAUAUCUCAAGGAAAAUGGUCAAGAGUGGAAGGAUCCAAAGAAAACCGCUCGCAUUAUGUAUCGGGCCCUCAAAGUUGCCGAGACCAAUGGCGAGGUGGUUAUGGUGAAGCGAUCCUUCAAACUCACCGACAAGUACAAGAGCUCCUCCAAGGCUGAGGAAAAAAUGAAGGCUCAAAAGCAGAAGGAAAAGGUGAAGAAGGCAAAGGCCGAAAAGCUUGAAAAGGAGAAGGCCGAAAAGAAAGAGGCCAAGGUCAAGGCCAAGGAAAAGAAAGCUAAGAAGGAGAAAGCCAACAAGCCAUCCGAACGAAAAACGAAGGAACCCGGAAAGAAGAAGAAAGCCGAGGGAGCAGCAAAGCCUCCAAAGUCGAAAGCGGCCGCCGCAGCUGCUGCACAGGCUAUGUUGGAAACUCCAGAAGCCGCGGCCACAGGAGUGGCCAAAAAGGCAGCUAAACCCAGCGCUAAGAGAAAAUCGGAAUCGUCCGAGGUGGGAAAGUCGAAAAAACCGCGAAAAUCUAUCGGAACUCUGGCACAGCCCAAGGCGACCAGGCCGAAAGUGAAGGCGGUCAAGAAACUGGUGGCUGGCAAGGAAGUUAUCUCUCAAUCCGAAAUCCUCCCAUCCGAUUUUUCUGAGGACCAGGCCUUGUCCACUUCCACUCCUCAAGGAACUUCGAAAGAAAAGCGCAAGCGCAAGGUUCAAUUAUAGUUUGAUUGUUAUCCUUAGUUCAAAAACAUUCGUAAAAAAUAGUUUUUUUAAUUAUGGAUUAAAGAAAACUAUUAGAUACCCGUUACUCAGCUUACAAUUUUAU